AGACUAUCAAUCAUAAUUAGCAGUUCAACCAAUAAUAGCCUGCCAAUUAGGAAAGCAACCAAUAAGAGAUUCGGCUACAUGUCUGUCAAAUAUUUGCAUUAUCAUGUUUUUAUUUUGCAUCUCUUAAUGGACUGUGGGAUCAGGCUACGCCUACUAUAAACUGCUACAUCUUUUGGUGCAUAACACUUGUUAUGAUAUUUAUUAUUUGAUCUUAUAUUGCGAAAAUCUGUGUUGUUUGGAGGUAAUCUAAAUGGGAGCUAACUUUAGAAAUAAUUUCUGUCUGCUUGCCUCAUUGACCUCGUCUUCGAUCUAUCAUGGACGCCGCGUGAGAAAGGUGUAUACUGCGGUCAGGCGUUGGUGACAUGAGGGGGCCUCUUGCGAAAAGCCGUUAAUUGAAGUUAUACACACCAUGGAUAUCGUUUCAGAGGAUGUAGAGUUUUGUGACAUUUUUUUGCCCAAAGAAGAAAGAAUUGUGCUCGCAGAAGAAAGCAAAACCAUCUCCAGAAGAAAAAAAAACACUGUGUCUAUUGCAUCUGCGGUCAUAAAAGUCUUGUAGAUUCGCGUUUAUACCCAAUGGUACUCUCCUAAUUGACGAAUGACACCAUAACUGCUUUUCUUGUCACAGUUGAUGAUCCUCUUGGUCUCCGUGGUGGGCCAUCCUACUGUCCUGGCAUCAACGUAUCCUCACGACCGCCUCCCUCAUGGACAACACAACCGGCAAUCAAUCAACCAGCUCAUCACCAAGGUUACAAGAUCAGCCAAUCAGGGACCACACAGUCCUACCCUAAUGGGAAGUGACGUCACAAAGAAUGCAGCAAACAGGAAGUGGCUUGGGGACGAAGAUCAGUCCAUGACGCAGACAAGUCCCCCAGCGGUAACCAAUCAGAUGGAAGUCGGAAGAAGUUAUGGAAGAGGAAACGCCGUGAGACCAUGGGCACCGGACGAGAUGACAGGAGCUAACGCUCCUAGGUACCAAAAACGGUUGAGACGUCAGCUUUCUGACGCCGUCAAGGCAUCAGUUCCUCACACAGGUGUAAUAAGAGAGAUCACAGGUGAUCCACGUCUUAAGAAGUUACAGCACGAUGGAAGACGCAAAACGAAGACGACAGGAUAUCCAGGACGCGAUGUUAAGGAGCCUCCUCCCUUGCCAUCAAAUCGCCAAGGAGGAAACACAUUAAGAAGCUUGCCCAACAAAGUCUUUACGACAGGAAGGAAAGAUCAGAACAGAGGAGUCGUGAGCUGGCCAACUCUCUGUCACAGUGAGGGUUGCAGUAUCCGUAAAUGGCCAAAAGAUUUGAAAGAUUCAGAGAAGUCAAAGUUGUACCAAAUAUGCCCAACGUGUCAUUGGAGCCACCUGGCGGAAAUGGCUGGUAAGGCAGAAUCGAGCGAUGAUAUGAACGGCGCCAAAGAGCAAGUAGUCAACGUCCCUCUUGCAACCAAUGAGAGGAUUCGUAACAGAAGGUACGGUAUCUCUACGCCUGGAGAAGAUGGCAUCCAGCCCAGCAAUCCUGACCAACAACGUCAGCCAUUGGACGAAAAUGCGGUCUCACUCCCCAUCAUCGAGAAGCAAAGCCAAUCGUGGAACCUGACCCAUAAUCAGUGGAAGCGGGCUCGCACGCAGAAACAACAUGACAAAGCUCCUCCAAUCAGAGGUCAAUACAAGGAGAGAUGGAUAAGACUCGUAUUUCUAGGCAAACGAGAGCUUGACAUUUGGCCAAUGUCCUUUGUUACUAGCGAUGACAAUAGACAAAUCUAUGACAAUGUCUGGAAACUUGAAAAAGAAACGGAUUUUUGGAAUAUUUUUGCAUUUAGUUACCCCGAUAGCAAACGUUCUGAGCUUGAGAGUGUUGUAACAAAGCCACUGAGCCAGAAGCGGUCACAAUUUGUCAGUCGCUUUGGAAAGAAAAGUCUGUUGCCAAAUUUCGUGAACCCUUUCUCAAAAAGGCGUUUUGUAAUGCGUUUGGGAAAAAGAGAUCUUUCGGAAAAAUUUCCCCGGACACUUUGGAACUGGCAGCGCAGGUCGUGGAAUUUCAUGACUCGCUUUGGAAGACGGGAGCCAGGAGCUUUAUUUCCGAGCCGUUUCAGAAAACGAAACAACCGCUGGGUUGACGACUUGUUUGCAAGCCGGUUUGGAAAACGAAACGCCAGUUGGAACCAAGACGACGCCAGAGGCAGUUUCGGCAAACGAAGCAACCCUCUGGACAACGACAAGUUUACCAGUCGUUUUGGAAAACGAAGGGUUAAUGGAAAUGAGGACAACUUCACCAGCCGUUUCGGAAAACGAGAAAACCGAGGGGCCAUCAGCCAGUUUGCCAGUAGGUUCGGAAAACGAAGUUACAGGUUUGAUCAAGACGACUUUACAAGCCGCUUUGGGAAACGAAUCGGGAACCAUGUUGUAGCAGAACUGUUCGCAAGUCGGUUUGGAAAACGAGACAACAGUUGGGAUGAAGCUGACUUGACAAGCCGUUUCGAAAAACGAGGCCCCCAUGCGGUUGAUGAUCUGUUUGCAAGCCGGUUCGGAAAACGAGGCAACAGUUGGGAUGAAGAGGAAGAUACAAACCAUUUCGGGACACGAAAUGACCGUUGGGUCGGCGACAAGUUUUCCAGUCGGUUUGGAAAGCGAGGCGACAGUUGGAAUAAAGAUGGCGACUUCACAAGUCGUUUCGGGAAACGGAAUGGCGGCAAAAACGUCGACUACUUUGCCAGUCGAUUUGGAAAACGAACAGGCGGUGAGAUUGAGGACGACUCUUCCAGAAAACGAGACCUUCAAAAUAACAAGUUGAUCUUCAUGCAGCGGUUUGGAACACGAAACAAUUUUGAAAAGAUCUCCGACAAAGUCAGCCACCAUGACGUUCCAAAUGAAAAAGGUUGGAAACCAGAAGGUCAAAUCAAACAGGUGAAGAGGUCACAUCCAACAGAACAGGUAAUCAGAAUUGAUCGUAGGAGUAUCGACAAAAAACCUAUAAGGGGUCGAUUGAUCCUUCUAGGUCGUGGUCAGGACAACCAACAUUCACGGUUACCUCUUCUUAACCAUCGGGGAGAACCAUCCCAAGACUGCCUUGGCUUAGUGCAUAAUUCAAGCUGCGACGCUCCAACGCACAGAGAACGUCGAUCAGUAAUACCACCGGAUAACGGCAGUACUUUAGAAGCUUUCCAGACCCCAGAUGGUAAGUCAAAGCUUCCAAUACUAACCACCCCCGAAGCGAUUCACAAAGGCUCGGACUCAAAACCUCCUCUGAUCGGCACGAUUUCUGGCCAAGUUCAUCAGCAUCAGAGAGCCAAACGCGGCAUCUUUGGGCUUAAAAAGAAGUACCUGCGUCCCGUCAUCCGGCUAGGCAAGAAGUGGAGAAUCGGAAAAUAUCUCUCUGGCGAUGACAGCAUAAGGGCUAAGGGGAGAUACCAGUCCGUGGGUAGAAACUACUCGGGGCCUCAGAAGAGAGCACUGAAUGGCCGCAUUCUGCGACUGGGGAAAAGAGCGAAGAAAGAAUGGAAGAUUCCCAAGGCGUACAUCGUAGCUCACGUCCAUGGUCCAUUCCGUAAGGUUUUGAACAACAGUGGACAGAGACAGCGUUCUCUUAGCGACAAUCUGCCUACACAUGAACACAUGACGACGAUUCCUGGAGACCACCAUGAUGCCCUCCCACCCUUCAAGCGUACGCAUAGUUCUAGAAAGAGCACUUCCCCAGAUAACACGAAUCAUAUCAAACUAUCGAAAACAGGAGGCGACAUCCUCAACAAUGGGCAUCCUCGUCAAGGCAUUAAGCCUCACAAAAAUCAAGAACAGAUAGAACAGCAUUGGAGUCCACAUGACAUCAUUGUACGCAAGUCUAAUUCAGCUAAAUCAGAGGCCAAUCAUCCUAGUCCACUACUCCCUGGCAAAGGUAAGGAAAGAGAAGCCACCGAGAAAAGGACGAACAUAAAAACUAGAAAUAGUACCCAUGGUAACAACGUAUUUCUUAUCGAAGGAUUUGACGAGGAAUUGGUCAAAGCGCAACGUCUACCCGAGACUUACUCAAAAGGGACUUGGGACGGUGGGACGGCGGACUGAUAUGUCCAAAAAUCAAUGUAAAACGUCAUGCCAAAUGACGUCAUACUAUUGAUGAAAAGAAAACGGCCUUGCCAGACUGGGCGAUACGUUUAUGAAGGUUAGACAUCCAGGUAAACAUUACUCAAAUACAAUUCAAUCUCUACAACUGGAUGAAAACGGAGAAUUACUUCAGGACGUUUUGAGUGAUAUCUAUCACUCUUCUUCAGCGUCACUAGAAGGCUGAACGAUAUACAAGAAUAAAUUACAGUCAGAUUAGUGUUCAUUCAAAGAUAUUGAGGCCAAAGAGCCCAGACCAAAGACAACUACAGAUAGGCCAAGACAAGUGGUCAAGCUGAGGUAGUGGUCAUACCUGAUGGUCAGUAGACCCACCUUGUACGGUGUCAACCAAUGUACGGCACAGUCAGUACACCCUAUGUUGUUACACCGGGAACUAAAAACAUUUAA